UCCGGCGAAAUUCACGACGGAGUGUUGGAUUCCGGCGAAUGCUCCUCUUUCACCGUUGCCUCUUACUUCAGCUACUGAACCUAAUCAAAACUACUCGUUUUCACUUGGAAUAUUUUGAAGAGACUGCAUUGCUUCGAUGCUCGCAUUAUUUGAAUUUCCUGCUUCAAAAUUCUCUCCUUGAGUGCUCCGACAAUUUCGGCGGUGCUUUCUGCUGCAAUUCUGCCUUGUUGUCUACUUGCGAUCUCGCUAUCUCAAGAUAAAUUGCAGUCUCUAUGGUUCUUCGAUUGAAUCAGUAUAUAAUGGAGGAACAUGGAGUUCAAAAGGGGAUAUUUGGUGAUUGGUCACAUCUUGAUGUGAGACAUCAUGGAAAUAUGCCGUUUGCAACUAUUCAGGAGCAGGUCAGAUGGAUCAAAGAUAAGUCUUGCUCAUCCAACAGAUUGUUUCAGAGCAUGAAAGUACUCAGUGCAUAAGACCAGUCCAUCCAAAUGGAGUCAAGAAAUGAUCCACCUAAUUUGGUUGCUAAAUUAAUGGGACUUGAAGCCCUCCCCAAACAGAAGCCCGGCUCAGUUGUUCCAAGAAUCCAUUCUGGAGGUUAUCCUCGAAAUAGUUCGGAUGUCUCUAUGAGUUACUGGAAACAACAGGAUGAAUUCUCUCACUACCUCAAUCCAAAUGAACACAAAGCUACUCGUGAAAUUUGGCAGCAAUCGCAGAGAUCAAGUCACGUGGCAAGAUCUAAGAAGACCACGGAUGACAGAAAGAUGGGUCUUGUUCGUCAGAAUUUCAUUGAAGCAAAACGCCUCUCUGUGAAUGAAAGACAUCGUCAAUCUAAGAAAUUCCAAGAUGCACUAGAAGUUCUGAGUUCCAAUAAAGACUUAUUCCUUAAAUGUCUGCAAGAACCGCAUUCAGUGUCCUCUGAGAAUCUUUACAGUCGGCAGUCUGCUUCCAGUCAUCCAGAGACAAAACGGAUCACUAUUCUUAGACCUACAAAGAGGAUAGAGAACAAUGACUUUGUGGAGACUGGGAUUAGAGAUACAAAGAAAAUAAAGAAAGGGGCCUCUCCUCAGCAGAAUGGACUGGAGAAAGUUCAACCAGGAAGUUCCUCUCCUGAAGGUCUUAAUUGUUACGAAAAUCCCUCUCGACCGACAAAAAUUGUAGUUUUAAAACCUACACGUAAGAAAGCAUGUAAUGAUAUGACUGUGGCUUCUCCACAUUUAGAACAACCAAUGAUGCUGCAAAGGGAAGACUUCUUUAGGCAUAUUGAAGAGGGUGAGGGUCAAGAAUCAAGAGAUGUAGCAAAAGGAAUCGCUCAACAAAUGCAUGCCAAAUUUGGCCAGCAUCACAAAAAUGAAAACUUGAUUUCGUCUGUAUUAUUGAAUGACUACAUAGGUGAUGAUAAUCUCUGUCAUUCAGAGGCCAUGUCACCUGUAUCUAAGCUUUCAGGGGAUUAUGUUGAUAUGCUUAGCCCUUACUCUACGUCUACUUCAUCUCGGCCAUCUUAUUCUCCAGAAUCAUCAGUUAGCAGAGAAGCGAAGAAACGUCUUUCUGAAAGAUGGGCCAUGAUGCCACCUAAUGAGAUUGGUCAAGAACAAAAACAAUAUCAGAGAAGCUCCAGCACUUUAGGUGAGAUGCUCGCUUUAACUGAGACAAAACCAUUGUAUUCUCAUGGCGAAGAAGGCAGUUCAAGCCAGGAAUCUGGGGACUUCGAAUUUCUCUUCGUUAAUCAAUGGAGACGAGAUGAAGCAAUGGAUAAUCCACCAAGAAAUCUGAUGAGGUCAAAAUCUGUUCCGGUAUCUGGUUGGAUUGGAACUAGGUUGAAUAUUGGCAGUUCAGUUUCAGGAGAGGAGAAAUCAGAAUCUUAUAAGGAGGAUGGAAAAAAUGGAUUGGUCACAGAGAAAUUCAGGGCAUCUCGAAGCCUAAGCAAAAAUCUUGACCAGCCUAGCCCGAUAUCUGUCUUAGAUCCAUCAUUUGAGGAGGAGUAUAUACAAAAGUCAGCUUCUUAUUAUGCUAAGCCUGAACAACAAGUUUCUUUCCUUCUCACCAAUUCAGGAGUGGAGUCCCCCCGCUUAUCUAUAGGAUCACGUAUGAUUGACAAAUCGCCACCUAUCGGAUCCAUUGCACGAAGUCCUUGUUCGAAUGACCCCUUUGUAAAUGCAGGCUCUUCUCACCCCUCCAAGAAAUUAACCACCAAAGAAACAGAUGAAGAAGAACGAGAAGGCCUUUUAUUUAUCAAGGGAUUAUUAGCUGAGGCUGGUCGCCAAUGUGAGGCCCGUUCUACCUCGUAUGUGACAAGAUGUCACUCACUUCAGAGCCCAUUGGACCCAUCUUUUAGAGGCCAGAGUAUUAAUUCUCAAGAUGAAAAGAAUCUGCCGGAUGGCACGCUAAGGCAGAAGCGAGCAGUUCAACAACUCGUGCAUGAUUGUGUAAAUGCAGCAUUAGUAAAUGCAGGAUAUGACUCACACCUGAGCCAAAGACUCCAUACAUCCACUAUACCCAACUUGAUCGGGGAGAAGGUACUGGGCAAUGGUUGGAUCAAUCAUUUCGGGUCGGAGAUGGAUGAUUUAUGCAGGAAAAUUGAAGGGAGGCUGCUAGAAGAGCUCAUGCAGGAAGUGGUGGUUGAAUUAGCGUGUAGAAUGUAACAAGUCUUCAUUCAUUUAGUUAACAGCUUGUAUUCUGCUGUAGCUUUAAGACUGACCAUUCUUGUACUAUGCUUUGACUCCAUAUAUUGAUCGUAGCUGUUACAGGGCAUGAAUAUUUAUCGUUAAA